AUGGAUAAUCGCAAGCGUAAAAGCUGGGCUGAUUAUGAUAUUGGAAGGGUGGAAUAUAAAGAUGGCUUAACUAAAUUUGUAAAACUAGCAUUUGAAAGUGCUUGUGAUGUUACAAUUGCGUGUCCUUGUAGCAAAUGCGUACGUUACCAUAGGCAUAGUGAAGAAGAAGUUUACGAUCAUUUAGUAAUAAAUGGACCCAUGCGUGAUUUUGAGAAAUGGUACACUAAUAAUGAAUUAGGUUCAACAUCUACAUUAUUAGGGGAUGGCCAAGUUUUACAGGAAAAAAAUGUUGCUGAUGAUCUCACACAUAUGUUAGGAGAUGCCUUUGGAUUUCAUGAUGAAAUUGUCAAUGAUGCUUCUAAUUUAGAUGGUCAAGUUGAUUCAGAUAUAGAUAAUCAACAAACCAAUGAUGAGCAUAUGAAUAGCAAUGUUGAUAUGUUCAACAAGUUAUUACAAGAUGCUACUAUGCAAUUACACCCUGGGUGUAGUGAGUACUCUAGGUUGUCCUUUAUUUUACAUCUUUAUCAUAUCAAAAAUUCAUUUGGAUGGUCUGACAAUUCAUUUAAUGAAAUAUUGAAACUUUUAAAAAGGGCUCUGCCAGAAGGGGAAAAAUUGCCUGAAUCUCUAUAUGAGACUAGGAAAAUUGUUGAUGAGAUCAGUCUUAGUUGUGAGAAAAUCGAUGCAUGCCCAAAUGAUUGUAUGCUUUUUUGGAAAGAUAAGGCUACGGAUGAUACAUGUAGUUUAUGUGGGGAAUCACGAUGGAAACCUUUUGUUGAAAGUUCUAGUAAGGCUUCAUCUAGAUCGAAAACAAAGAAAGAAAAAAAAUUUCCGAUUAAGGUUUUAAGAUAUUUUCCUUUAACACCAAGGCUCCAAAGAUUAUACAUGUCAUCUAAAACUGCCGAAGAAAUGAUAUGGCAUGACAAAGAUCGCAAAAAAGAAGAGGGUGUUUUAAGGCAUCCUGCUGAUACUGAAGCUUGGAAGAAGUUUGACUCUAUAUAUCCUGAGUACUCAUCAGAACCUCGAAAUGUCAGAUUAUGA